AGUUACACAGGUUCUCUCCUCUUCAACACAGGCGCCUUCAUCCUUCCAUCAAUCUACGGCACACUUGUGAAGAUCUGGGUCGCGAACAUUGACGCCUCUCUGGUCGUCACAACGGAUGUUUACACGUACAUUGGAACGAUCACGGAAGUCAUCAAUGAAGGUCUACCACGCGCAGUAUGGUCCACAAUCGCCGACAAGGAAGCACGAACCAUUGAAGCUCGCUUAGGGCUUGCGCACACACUACUGAUAUUCCAGGCCUUUCUGGGGGCGAUACUGAGCAUUGUAUUUUUGGGUGCUGCACGAGAGUUUUCAUCUAAAUUCGUUCCUCAUGAAGUCCAAGAGGCAAGUAUAACGUACGUCCGUAUCAGCGCCUUUUCUGCUCUGAGUUCUGCGGUUGAAGUUGCUGUUUCCAACGCAACCCGCGCGCUGGAUAAGCCAGACGUUUCACUCGUGAUCAGCUCCAUCAAGGUAGUGGUGAAUAUUAUCCUUGACCUUUUAGUAGUUUCCAAGUUCCACGUCGGCGGGUGGGUGCCAACUGUCAAUAUGCAAGCUGGGGUACGCCUUGCUUGUGAUAUGAUCGCAGCAUUUUCUGGCCUCUCGUAUUUCGUCAUGACUACGAGCCGCAAGAGGAAGGCUGAGGCACCAUCUAUCCGUGGGUUCCUCGUCCUGUUUAAGCCAGGGUCUGCUGUGCUUAUCGAGUCGGCUAUCCGUAACGCGCUGUACCUUUGGCUUGUGUCAGGUGUCGUCGCUAUGUCAGCGGACUAUGCGACCGCCUGGGGCGUGUUCAGUACAAUACGAUGGGGAUUGAUCAUGGUGCCUGUUCAAGCCACCGAAGCCUCCACACUGACCUUUGUAGGCCAUGAGUGGGGACGUUUGAAGCAGAGAACAGGAUCUGGGCGGUGGUCCUGGGCGAGCCUCUAUCUGGUUAUCCGACCAGCAUUACUCUCGGUGAUCAUAGUUCUUAUUUUUGAAAUUUCUCUUCUACUGGUCAUGGCCUUAUAUGGGUGCGAGUCUUUUGCAUACUGGCUCAGCCGCUCGGUGCCAGUUUCCAAAAUAGUAGCACAUAUGUGGCAUACUAUUGACUGGUGCUACGUUCUCUACGCAGUCUCAACCCAGCUCACGGCUAUCCUCCUUGCAACCCGCACUUCCUGGUAUCUCGCACAAUCACUUAUUUCGAAUAUAUUCUAUGUACUACCCUGGGCGAUCGUAUGCCAGACUGUCGACCUUGACCCAAGGAACGCAUGGACAUACCAUAGUCUCGUCUUUGGAGGGAGUUUGGUAUUCACUUUCAUCGAGAUCUUGAUAAUUGACUCCGUUUGGGUGGGGAGAUUCCGACGAGGAAAUUUAGGAUUUUAA